CCCAGGUACCCCCACUAAAGUUCUUGCAGAAGACUUGGUUAACUCCCAUACGCAGCAUAAGGAAAAGGAAAAAGAGCAAAGAGCCAGAGAAACAGUUAAAGAGUCGGAUAAAAGGUGGCAGUCCUCUCAGAAAAACAGUCCCUCCCCAGACAAGGCAACGAGAGGAAAAGGUAUCAAUAAAGAAGAAAUCAGGAAAGCAUCCCUCCUUCAAUUACAACAAUCACAUCACUCACUACAAACCCAACGGAUAGCUCUUAGAAUCCAUUUGAAUGGACUUAAUUAUGGACGUUGGAAUUCCAGACGUGCAAUAUUAAAUUCCCUAAGCCAGCUUCUUCACUAUCACAGGGGCAUGAUUGAUCUCCGUGCUGUGGAGUGGUUACCCAAAUUGGAAGCGGAUUCUCCUGUCUUUCCAACAGCCCACCAUACCACAGAUGCUAUUCAAGAUGAAGGCAUAUUUAGCCUCCUUCCCAAUCUUUCCCAUCAGAGUCUUUGGUGAGGAAAGGGUUACUCCGUUAAUAACUAACAUGCAAGCUCCCAAGGUGGCUGCCUCCUCCUCAUUUUCAAUCUUGGAAAAGAGAGAGAAAGACAGUGGGAGUCAACCAGCCCUGCCGGUGAAGAGAUACUUAACAGCACAGAAGCUGGUCUCAUUAACGCUUUCGGUGCUCUCCCAAGGAAAGAACAAGACAAGUUAGAAAAUUUAAAGAAAUCCUUAAAGAAAUUUAAAGAAAUAUGGUGACUUUUCUAGUACAUUCCACUAUUUUCCAUCUUUUGGACCUCAAAAUUUUCAUUUCAACAAUCUUUCCAAUUUUUCAUACUAGAGUUCUAAUAAUGAAGGCUCUGUAUUUUUUCAAAAUACAACUUACAACAGUUGUUUAGUACUGUUCGAAGUUACAACUACACUGAAAAAGUGAC